AUGGCUUCUGGCCCAAGAAACGCAGCCCCGACCCAAGUUGGGAGUUUCGAUUUUGUCCAUUACUGCCCUGCCUGGACAGAUCCGAACUGGCAGGAUGAAGGCCCUGAACGAGAUGCGAGUGUCUUUGACGUCAAAGACAGCGUUUUUGAUCGCCUACGCCCAGCUCUUCUGCCUCGAGACAACUUCGAGAAGCCAACUGUUUACGCUCAACGAUUCGGAAUUUUUCCUGGUCGAACCGAUGGUCGUUCGAGAACAUCGCCCACACGAGCUGAGAGUCGACAAAUCUUUCCUGCCAGCUCUGAUAUUCGAAAUGGAAAGGAACUAUUUGGACGCUUCGAAGAUCUGGCCAAAGCAGCAAACGAGCACGUUGACGAUUACAUGGAGAGAACAAGGCCAGAUAUGCAAAAGUUGGAUGAAACCGAACAACGAUUCAUGCAACAGUAUGAAAAUCUAGUCAUAGAUGAGAACUGGCAGACCAUCCUUUUCGGGAGCAUGACUAUGGAUGAAUUGCAAGCCGAAGGAUAUUUCUCGAUGUGCGAUACCAAGUUUGACAGCCUCGGGGGCCACAUCUCAGAGUAA